AUGGAUGACUUCAAUGUCAUGCUGCUAAGAAUAGCCGGAAAACUGAGUGAUACAGAUCUAAAUAGCAUGAAGUUUCUUUGCCAGGAUAAGAUACCUAGAAAGAAAAUGGAGACCAUUAAAAGUCCGACAGAUCUAUUCAUAAAACUUAUGGAGCUGACAGAGAUCUCAAAAGACAACCUGAAUUUCCUGACUGAGCUUUUACAGCAUGCACACAGACAUGAUCUCGCAAAAGAAGUGAAAGAAUUCCAUGAGCCGUCGCUUUCAAGAGAAGAAACGUCUAUAGAAGAAGAACCAGAGGAAGACCAGCUUGGCCAGGCAUUUGACAUAAUAUGUGAAAAUGUGGGAAAGGACUGGAAGAUGCUGAUGCGCACUCUUGGGGUUACCGAUAGCACAAUGGAACACGUUGUUUAUGCAAACCCUUACAACCUGAGGGAACAAAUAAGGCAAUGUCUGCGGGAAUGGAAGCAAAAGAAGAGAGAGAAUGCAAAUGUGUCUGCCCUGAUAAAAGCACUAGAAAAGUGUAGAAUGAAGCUGGCUGUAGCAGAAAAAUUAUGUGAGAAACUAAAUCUUAGUCAUGGAAUAUCAUAG